AUGUCAUCUGCUGCCUGUAUCUUCUGCAAGAUCAUCAAGGGAGAGAUCCCUUCGAUGAAACUCUUUGAGAGCGAAAAGGUCCUCGCUUUCAUCGAUAUCCAGCCACUGAGCCGUGGCCAUGCGCUUGUCAUUCCCAAGUUCCACGGCGUAAAGCUGACCGAUAUCCCCGACGAGGACCUGCUCGAGAUCUUGCCCGUCGCGAAGAGGAUUGCCAAGGCCAGCGGCGCCGAGGAUUUCAAUAUCCUGCAGAACAAUGGACGCAUUGCGCACCAAGUCGUUGACCAUGUCCACUUCCACAUGAUCCCCAAGCCCAACGAGAAGGAGGGUCUGACUAUUGGCUGGCCUUGCCAGGAGGGGGAUAUGGCCAAGCUCAAGGCUCUUCACGAGGAGAUCAAGUCGAAAAUGUAA